UUGAAACAAGCAAGGGAAAUACGAGAAUUAAAGAAACGAUUACGUGAAGGACGUUCGCUUGGUGAAACUCUUGGAAUGCAGGAUCGUGAGAGCGGUGAAGCGAGCGAAAGUGACUUGGAGGAUGAUGAAAGCGUAUCCGAUGAAGAGGCACCAUUGAACACAGAGCUAGAAGAAGCACACCAAAGAUGCAAAGGUCUGAUAGAUGCAAUGGUUGCACAAGCACGUCAUGCUAUCCUGUCAAAGUAUGAACCUGAAGUCAAUUCUUCCGGGAAUAGAGUUCUACAUCCGGCAGAAUUGGACGCUAUGCAGAACGAGAAGGAGGUUGAGGAAGGCCAAGAAGCUAGACGAGAUGAUGACGAUGAACAGACGGAUUCAGAGGCGGGAGAGGAUACGUCGCGAUUGCCAGAUAUAACGAGUGAAACAUCGUUCUCGCAGGAGAUAGAAGGAGAAGAUUCUACGAGUAAAAGUACAUUUCAAUAACAUACCCCCACUCUCUUUGA